GGACCAGUGGAGGGGAUUAGCCGCCGACUCAAAAGAGCUGUAUCAGAGCAUCAGCUAUUGCAUGACAAAGGGAAGUCUAUCCAAGAUCUACGAAGGAGGAUCUUCCUUCAAAAUCUCAUUGAAGGUGUUAACACAGCGGAGAUCCGAGCUACUUCAGAAGUUUCUCCAAAUCCUAAGCCUCCGACUAACACAAAGAACUACCCUGUCCGAUUUGGCAAUGAAGAUGAGGGCAAAUACCUAACUCAGGAGACAAACAAAGCUCAGACAUACAAAGAGCAGCCCCUGAAGACACCAGGAAAGAAAAAGAAACCAAAGCCUGGAAAACGCAAGGAACAAGAAAAGAAAAAGAGACGAGUUCGCUCAGCAUGGCCAAAUUCUAGAGGAUCCCACUUUUGAGCUUCUCUGGUACUACACAAGAUCACAAUUUAAGGAGGUGUUGAAAUUUCAGUUGAGUUCUUUGGAAAACAUAUUGCAGUAUUCUGUAAUAGUGAACAUAUGGAAAGUAUUAGAAAUAUUUAUUAUGUGUAAAUAUUGUAAAUGCAAUAAAACUUUCUCUCCCCUAUUGCUCUCUGAAACUGCACAUUUGGCUAUUGUGAUUGAUUUUUUUUUUUUUUUUUGCUAAGCCAAUUAUUGUCACAUUUUCUAUAAUUUAUUUUGUUGAAUGGUGUAUUUAUUUUAUGAAAAUAUCUUGGUGCUGCUGAUUUUCUAUACAUAUAUAUAUAUUGUAACAUAAUGCACUUUAGCUAUACAUAUCAAGUACAUUAAUAACUGUCAUAAUAAAAAGUGUUCCUGUUUUGUGGUUGAUAUUAAAUGAAUGCCUUUGAACAAUUGUUCAUAUUUUCCUCUGUGCAUGUAAAAUAGCAAUAUUUUAAAAUUUGUAAAGAAUG